CAUAGGACAUAUCAUCGCGGAUAGUGGUCUUUCCUGCUUAAUGGCCCAAAAUAAUUUCAAUUGUAAACGUCAGAUGUUGAUCUAAAAUCAUUUUAAUUAUUCAUAUUAUCAUAAUCAAGAUUUAACUUUUGAUAGUACUACAAUAAUAUCAAUUAUAGCCUUUGUUGGAAUCAAUUGGCUAUAGUUAUUAAUGAAGACCGCAAAUUUCGAUCAUUUGUCAGUGUAUAAAAAAAUAGGUAAAUUGUAAAUUGACUAUUAAACGAAUUUAUUUGUCUCGAUUAAAUGCAAUUUUCCACAUAUCUUCCAUUAUAUUUGUAUAUGAGAAGCGAUAGAAUGAAAACUUCUCGAUCAAUAUUGGCAGCAUUACACUACUGUAACGAUGGGUUAAGCAUGAUUAAUCAUAAUCCAAGGCCUAGACCUUAAUAAAUUAAUUGUUGGUAGCUGUGAUGGGCUCCUCGUGCAGAAAUGCAUGAAUAUCUUCCUCCUUGCUGACACUUGUGUGAGCUUGGAGAAGCAUCAUGAGCUGGCGUUGCCAGUAAUAUGAAGAGUCUGAAACCAGUCCAGUAUGGGUGUUCAAAUGAUAUGAAGAGACGAAAGAGAACGCUGAGUCCCACUAAAGUGAGGUUCGAAGACUUGCCUACUCUCAAGCAGAAAGGCUCCUUCAGGACGCUAGCAAGGGCGAUGAAAUGGGGAUGUGCUAUGCGGAAUAUUGGUCAAAAAUAUACAAUGGAUCCAGAUUUGGAAGUACAUGAAGCUUACCAAGGGAUUUUUGGUCAUUACGGUGGACGUGGACUCGACCGAUUUAGAAAGCUAGUAACAAUGGUUUGUCGUAUGAUAAGGGCGAUAAAUGUGUUCCGGCAACAUGCCCGAGACACAGGCCGGCCAGUGCAUGUGGAGAGGCUAGCUCAUGAUGGGGGGUUCAGUUCACAAAUACCUCUCCAUCCACUGUCAUUCGAUCCCAAGCUGUAUUCCCCUAAAGAAUUCCAGUAUCGUAUGGAAAAAGAAGCAAGGAAUGUUUUGCAAUCCCCCUGGAUGACAAGGACCGAGGAACAAAUUCGUCAUGUUUGGGUCGCUCUGAGGCAUCUCAAGGAGUUUAGAAAUAUGACUAAAUCCAUGCAGAUCAUCAUGUCCAGAUAUGCUAGAUACGAAAAACAUGGCAAGAAUCGUACAAUAGUCCGAAGAGGAGAUCCUGGAAGGCAUUACUAUUUUAUAUAUUCCGGUCAAGUUGAACUAAGAAACAGCAAUACUAUGGCCGAUGCAAUGGAUGAAAAAGACUUACCCAAACUCGGCACCGGGCAAGAUUUUGGGCACGUAGCACUGUUACACAUGGAGAGGAGGACAGCUACUGUAGUGUGCACUGAGGAGACGGAGUUUAUUGUGCUGGACAGACGCGGAAAUGGGCGGGCUGUCUACCGCGCACUUCUUACGGAGCACAAGAGGAAGUGCAACUUCCUUAAGACAUUGGAGAUAUUCCAGGAUUUAGAUGAAGAUGCGUUUAGAAGUCUGACAGACCAUGGUCGAAUAGCUGAUUAUCUUCCUACAUCUCUAGUUGCUACAGUACAGAGUCACCACCCCCACAUCUACGCAAUUGUGCAGGGUGUUGCUAACGUUGCCUUGACGACCGAUGUGUACAGUUGUUGUGUUGAAAACGAACAGCAGAGAGAACUUUUAAAACGACUUGAUAAACAGCGUAAUAAAUGCAGGCACAAGCCGGACAAGCUGCACGAUGUUUUUACACAGCACGACCCAAAACUGUCACUCGUAAUUCAACAUCUCAAGGAGCGCCACAUAUUUGGGAUGCAACACAUGCUCCACAGCAGUAAAGAUCUGCCGACACUUCACCUCAUUGCUAAAAGUAAACUCACCGUCCUCACCAUACCUGUCUCCUCUGUGCAGUUCUUCGCUAAACCUCACGCUCUUCACAUUGCUACCGAGAAAUACCCUCUCUAUCCGAGUGUGGUGGACCUAAUUAGGCGCUACAUGGAAGAUUCAGUCUGGGAUCUGUACAAAGCACACGUCAUCAGAGACCUCAAGCACUAUGAGGGUAGAGUGGACCCGAGCAAGAAGUGCAAAUAUUGUCUCUCUUGCCAACUAAGGACACUGAUGGUGCCGAGCAUAAUGCCGGAUCCUGUGAGAGACGAGGUGACUAACCUUUACUGUCCUGGUAACUCCUCACCCCUCCCACACUUAGCUAAAGAAACAUUCCGGCCAGCCUCUGCCCCUCCUCUCGUAACCCCCCGAAACAGGAACAAGAAAAGCUUCAGAUCCCUUAACAACUCUCCCAAAAUGCCGGCUCAGAACAACAGCAGUCGGAUAGGGGACGUUGUACCUUUAUUUCGGUCUAGUGUGGCUAGUAAAAAUGCGAGGUUCCGGCCCCGACCGUCAUCUGAAAUGUCCAGAUCUGGUAGUGUGGAGAGGCCGACCACUGCUAGGAGUAAGAUAUCCAGACCUAGAACGGCUGCUUCUGGUAGACCUUGUCCUGAUCCAGACAGGGCUACAACAACUAAAAGUUACAGCAGACCAGUUUCAGUUAAAGAUGAGGCUGAGCCUGUUGAAAAGUUGUACAAAAUGGUUUCGUCAGCAUCAUUCUCAUUAGAUAGAUCCAGUAAAAGUUCAUUGCGGUCUGAACCUCAACCCAAGACUUCUACCGGCAAACCAUCCUUAACUAUUAAUUUGUAGCCAUGGACAAGCGUGUAGACUGAAAGCUUAAUGCUGUUCACAAUUGAGUUUAUAUUUUGAUUAUUAUGAUUUGUUGAUGUAUUGCAUUUACACCGCGUCCGCGUCUAUACUGUUAUAUAACAGCUAAUACCAAACGAAUCGGGUAACUGUAAACCAACGAUCAAUGUGUCGAAGGGUUUUUAGAUAACAUUAACAAAGAUCUUUAAAUCGUACAACUACAAUACACUACAUAAUAUGUAAUAUUAUAAAAGCUUAUUGAAAGAUGAAUCCUGCAAUGAACUAUUGUGAUCGUAAUUUUAGUGACUGAAGAAAGAGGCGGUUUUCAUUCCUGUUAUAUUUUUGGAUAUCUUUUAUUUUGCCCGAUUUUAUUUUUCAUUCAA